CGAACCUACGACUUUCUGCUUAGGAAACAGACGCUCUAUCCACUGAGCUACAGGCGCCCAACUUGUCUUUCUUUUGCCUUAAAGUUUAUUCAUAAAAUUUAUUUGAAAUUUAUUUUAUUUACAAUAUUAAUAAUAAAUGCAUAUAUUUGCUCUUGGAUGGGAAUUUAAUGAACGAAAUUAAAAGGAUGUUAAUAUUUUAAUACUUUAUUAUAUUACAUGUUAUUAACGUAUUGUUGUAUUUCAAUUAACAAAUUGAGUAUGAUCAACUCAAUAACCUGAUGAGUGAAAUUUUGGUUCAAAAUUUCUGACCCAUUUAUAAAAUGGUGUCUUAAAUGGUGUCGAACUCGAAUUAGCUGUAUUAGGGCAUCUCCAACCUAGAACUCUAUUAUUCACGACAAAAUACAACAAAACUUCAAAAUGUCGUAAUUCUGCUCCAAUCGAACUCAAUUUUAAGUGCUUCUGCGAAGAUAACUAUACUUCUCCCCUUUCGCUCGUUUCUUCGGCAAAUCCAAUUGAGAGAGCGAAAUUGCGUAGGUGAACAAUGCAACGUUAAUAUUGACGUCACACUGUUCACCCACAGAUAAAUAGCUAAAAAUUUGAUGUUUGGCUGGAGCGACCAAACGAAGCCAUACGCACUUUUGGCAUUGGGUUGGAAAUGCUCUAAUUAGACCCGCGUCACUUCUGAUUUCUGAAUUGGACCCUCACCCAACCUGAAUGCUCAUUUUGACAUCCUUCUACGUGGGCUGAUCCUUCCUUAGCUCCCUGCCUCCGGCGCCGAACCCUCGCCUCACCGCCGCGUCUCCUUACAGCUUGUUUCCUCGAGCCUCUUCUUCCUCCUCCAAAACAACGAAGGACGCCUGUUACUCCAACUGAAGUGUAAUGAAUGGGUGCUCCUUAAAUUUUAUCCGCAAACGAGUCUCAGUAUUAGCACCCAGUGCCCAUAACUUGAUCCUCAAAAACUCCUCACUAUCAGCUUUUAACGUCGUAGAUACCCCUGAAGCUCACAAAAUUUCUUCUGGGCAUUUGGCGAGCCGGUUUCUUCUAAUUCUGAGGUCUCUUCGCGACCCGUCCGAUCUGCAAAAAGGUCGCCAGGUUCAUGCCCAGGUUGUCUCAAACGGACUUUUUGAUGAUAAUCUCCUUGGAAGCACUGUUCUAGGUAUGUAUGUACUGUGCAGAAGCAUUUCUGACGCGAAGUCUUUGUUUUUCUGCAUGGAAAAAGAUUCAACUUUGCUCUGGAAUUGGAUGAUUCGUGGAUUCUCCAUGAUGUGUAUGUUUGAGUUCAGUUUAUUGUUCUAUUUCAAGAUGCUUUGUGCCGGAAUCUUCCCGGAUAAAUAUACAUUUCCUUACGUGAUUAAGUCCUGUUGUGGCUUAUCGGCCAUUGGUUUGGGUAAUCACAUUCAUAAGAUGAUUUGUCAGGUGGGAAUGGAGAAGGAUGUUUUCGUGGGAAGCUCUUUGAUAAAGAUGCAUGCGGAUAACGGCUAUAUUGAAGAGGCAAGGAAGGUGUUUGAUCGAAUGCCUGAAAGAGAUUGUGUAUUGUGGAAUGUGAUGAUGGAUGGAUAUGUUAGAGUUGGGGAUGCUAACAAUGCUUUGGAGAUCUUCGAAUGGAUGAUGAGCUCGGGAAGUAGGCCUAAUUAUGUAACAUUUUCUUGUGUUUUGUCUCUUUGUGCUUCACAAGCAAUAUUGAGUUAUGGUACUCUGAUUCAUGGCCUCGCAUUGAAAUAUGGCCUGGAUUUAGAGAUUUCAGUAGCAAACACAUUGUUAGCAAUGUACUCCAAAUUUAGAUGUUUGAGUGAUGUGAAUAUGUUGUUCAAUAUGAUGCCAAAAGCUGAUUUAGUGACUUGGAAUGGAAUGAUUUCUGGAUUUGUUCAGAAUGGUUUAAGGGAUGAGGCCUUAGAAUUGUUCUAUAAGAUGCAAGAUGCCGGUAUUAAACCGGAUUCAAUCACACUUGCAAGUUUUCUUCCAUCCUUCUCGGAUUCCGCCAAUCUAAAGCAAGGCAAGGAGAUCCAUGCUUAUAUUCUAAGGAAUAAUGUGUGCUUGGACUUGUUCUUGAAGAGUGCACUGAUAGAUAUAUAUUGCAAGUGCAAAGAAGUUGGGCUGGCAAACAAGGUUUUUAACAUGACUGGAACAAUGGAUGUAGCUAUAUGUAGUGCAAUGAUAUCUGGCUAUAUUCUUAAUGGGUUGAGUAGCGAUGCUUUACUAAUGUUCAGGAGGUUGCUGAAGGCUGAAAUUAAGCCCAAUGCCAUCACUUUGGCUAGUAUUUUACCUGCUUGUGCAUGCCUUACUGCUUUAACUUUAGGGAAAGAAUUACAUGGUUAUGUUCUUAAGAAUUCAUUUGAAGGAAGAUGUUAUGUGGCAAGUUCUCUGAUCGAUAUGUAUGCAAAAUGCGGCAGAUUAGAUAUUGCCCAUCAAAUUUUCAGAAAGAUUUCUGAGAAAGAUACUGUGGCAUGGAACUCCAUGAUUGCCAACUUCAAUCAAAAUGGGCAACCAGAGGAGGUAUUCAAUCUUUUCUGUCAGAUGAGUUCUGAAGGAAUCAAAUAUGAUGCAGUAACCAUAUCCUCCAUGCUAUCUGCUUGUGCAAGUUUACCUGCACUGAAUUAUGGGAAGGAGAUCCAUGGCUUCAUGAUCAGAGGUGCUUUCACUACAGAUUUGUAUGCUGAGAGUUGCUUGAUAGAUAUGUAUGCCAAAUGUGGGGAGCUAAAUAUUGCCCGUUGUGUUUUCGAUUCGAUGAUCGAGAAGAACGAGGUAUCAUGGAACAGCAUCAUUGCAGCUUAUGGUGCUCAUGGCUUACUUAACGAUGCAGUGAGCUUGUUCCAAGAGAUGGAGAAAGGAGGAUAUCUGCCAGACCAUAUUACUUUCCUCACUUUGAUAUCUGCUUGCAGUCACACUGGUCAGAUUGAAGAGGGGUUCCAGUUCUUCAGCCGCAUGAAGGACUAUGGAAUUGUUGCAAGAAAUGAACAUUAUUCCUGCAUGGUAGAUCUGUAUGCCCGGGCUGGGAAAUUACAUGAGGCUUUCCAGUUCAUAUCAAACAUGCCAUGGAAGCCCGAUGCGGGGAUUUGGGGGGCAUUGCUUGGAGCUUGUCAAGUGCAUCGCAAUCCCGAGCUCGCUGAGCUUGCUUCCAAGCACCUUUUUGAGCUGGAUCCUCAAAAUUCUGGGUACUAUAUUUUGAUGUCAAAUGUUCAUGCAGUGACUGGGCAAUGGGCAGGGGUUGUUAAAGUUCGGAGCUUGAUGAAGGAGAGGAAUGUGCAGAAGUUGCCAGGUUGUAGCUGGUUUGAAAUUAACAACACCACUCAUAUGUUUGUUUCAGGAGGAGGUAAAUCUCACCCAGACUUUCAGAGCAUUCAUUUUUUGCUCAAGUUGUUGAUUUUUGAGCUAAAAGAGGCUGGCUAUGUUCCCAAUCCUGACUGCAUGUAUCAACUGGAUACUUACUCCAGGAAACAGUUGAGCAUUUGAGUGUUUAGGAAAUAGAGAGAGAAAAAGAGAGAGAGAAGAUUUAUUUAUAGAUUUAAGAAGAAACACAACCUAUUUUAUUAGAAUAUAUGAAGAAUGCACUUGCAACAUCAACUAUAUUUUCACGUAGGUUUCAUUUGGGACGGUUUUCUUACUGCUUCGUAAAGCAGUUUUCUGGUGCAAAAAUUAUUGUACUAAAAAGCUGUUUUACGAAGCAGUAAGAAAACCAUCCCAAACGAAAUCUUAGUUAAUGAAAUAUAUAAUUUUGAAGUAUUAAAAG